GCAAACCUUGUGUUUUAUAAACACCACGAACAAGGUUAAUUUAGGGUUACCAUCACGUCGUUUCUACAGGCUCUUUGCUCCCCGACGGCCUAGCGGAACCUUUGAAACUGCGUCGUCUGGACGGAGCCUAGACAGUGUUGCACGCUGUCAAAACCUGAGAGCAGCAGUAACCAGAGUGGUGUUGUUGUGUGAAGCCGGAAUAGCUGCAUUUAUCCCAGAAAUAAUCAGAUCAGAUCCAUCUUUGUGUGCCUGCAGACAGACACUGGACACCGCUGCUUCCAGUAUAGACAGCACGGUGAUGGAGGAUGAGGAUGACUGCCCAGAGCUGGUGCCCAUCGACAGCCAGCCCCGCCCUCCCGCUGAGCAGAUACCCGUCACCAUCAUCACUGGUUACCUUGGUGCUGGGAAGACAACACUUUUGAACUACAUAUUAACAGAACAACACAACAAGCGAAUUGCUGUCAUACUCAAUGAAUUUGGAGAGGGCAGCGCUCUGGAGAAGUCCCUUGCAGUGAGCCAGGCAGGAGAGCUGUAUGAGGAAUGGCUGGAGCUCAGAAACGGCUGCCUCUGCUGCUCCGUCAAGGACAAUGGUCUUAAAGCCAUAGAGAACCUGAUGGAGAAGAAAGGAAAGUUUGACUAUAUCCUGUUAGAAACCACAGGACUUGCCGAUCCAGGUGCUGUGGCCUCUAUGUUCUGGGUCGAUGCUGAGCUCGGCAGUGACAUCUAUUUGGAUGGCAUUGUCACUGUUAUCGACGCUAAAUAUGGAAUGCAGCAUAUAACAGAAGAAAAACCAGAUGGACUAGUCAACGAAGCAGCCAGGCAGAUCGCCCUCGCUGACCUGACCAUUAUCAACAAGACAGACCUGGUGAAUGAGGAGGAGCUGGCACAGCUCAGAGACACUGUCAGCUCAAUAAAUGGCCUUGUCAAGAUCCUAGCAACCCAGAGAUCAAGGAUCGACCUCUCUGAAGUUUUGGAUCUGCAUUCUUUUGACAAUAAGAAUAGUGCAAAUCUAGCAGAGAAGCUCCAUCUUGUGAAAAGUACACGGCCACAUCUCGACAAGAGUAUUCUCACUGUGACAUUUGAAGUGGCUGGAAAUCUUUCAGAGGAUGUGUUAAACAUCUUCAUCCAGAAUCUCCUAUGGGAAAAGACGUUCAAAAACAAAGAGGGGCUUCCCAUGUCCGUCAUUCGGUUAAAGGGCAUAGUAUCACUGCCAGGUAAAACCCACCAAGUGAUGCUGCAGGGGGUUCAUGAGCUUUAUGAACUAGAUGAGACUCCCGAGCUUUGGGGGGAGAAGCCCAGGAUCAACCGGCUCGUCUUUAUAGGUAGGAACCUGGACAGAGACGUUUUACAGGAGCAGUUCAUCUCUACGGUGGUGCAAGCAGGGGACAGAAUUUAGACAUUUGCUGUGCUCACCUCUUUACAUCGCAAACUGUUGAUCCUGGACCUAAUAAUGUGGCUGGGGCCUUCCACAAACCAGACUGUGUUUCUGAAUUUUACUCCAGUUUGGUUUCUACAAAAAGCUGUCUUUUUCAGAGGAUAACUGUGAAGUAGUGAUUCAGUACAAUAGUUGCAAAUUGCGAUAAUCCAUUACUAACUAUUUUAAAGGCUACAUCAAAGCAGGACGUGUUUAGGUUGCUGUAGUGCUCUGGCUAAUUGCUGACAGUGUUAUAUUGUUUUAGUGCUUCUCACCCAGUAAACCUAGUUUAAUGGUGAUCUUCAACAUGCCAGUGUUUUUUUACAGAACCCUUCUUCAUACAAAUUGUGUUCACGCACUCAGUUGCACAGAUUUUACACUUGUUGUAAUAACCACAGCAUAUGUUUUUUCAUGAAGGUAAUUAAAUAAAAUAAGACAUUUUCAAUUAUGGACCUCUAAUAGCAAAAUUAUACAAGACUGUACCUCUUUGUAAAUGAUGUAGACCUAUACGUUUUUGACACUGAUAAAUAAUCCUGUAUAUUUAAGUUAUUAAAAAAUAAAGAUUUUUUGAACACA